ACACACACACACACACACACGUACACACACACGCACACACACUGAGGGUGACUUGUAUAGGCAGCCAGAGAGAGAGAGGAGAGGAGAGAGAGGAGCGCUCUCAGAAACAGAAAGGUACACAGAGAAGAGAGUGGACGACAGAAAGUAAGAGAAGGAGAAAGAGGACGGUGGCUCCUGAGCAUCUCCUGCGCACCUUUUCAUUCCUGCACGCUCACGGAUCAUAAAAACUCUACACUUCAUCUUCCUCGUGUUUGCUCCAGAGAGAGAUUACAACUUCUGUAAAGAGGCUUUUGUUGUUUCUUUUUUCUUUCUAUUUUUUUUGGAGUUGAGAGAGACGCGAUUCGUGGAAGACUUUUCGUUCAUUUUUUCCCCCCCAAACCAAGUCUUUCCAUCCCUCGAGAAGUUUUAAAAAGUAAAGCCCUUGUUAGUUCCAGGGCUCGGCUUCACUUUUUCCACGUGUCCCACGGUGUCCCAGCUCCUGACAUAAACGUGUCACCUUGAGAUUUUUUGCUUGCCUUCAAGUCUCAGACUCUAAAAGAAAAAAACAACAACUUCAUUUUAUGUCACUGACCCACAAACGAGACCAAAGAUGAGAUUUCAAACAUCAGGACAGUCCCCAGUCUUGUGUGGUUGUUGUUCGAAAUGCUUAAAUCAUUAAAACAAAGUGCGUUUUAAUGGUUUUAUUUUUCCACUCUACAAGCUGAGGUGUGAUAGUGAAGAUACGGGGAGCCGGGCAGCGCUGCUCACCUGUAGCAUCUCCUCCGCUCAGCCGACACUUUGAUUUGCACUUUUUACGCACAUGAAACGCCACUUUGUGACUAUUUGAAGAAAGAGAUCACAUCUAUCUGACAGGAAGAACCGCACUCCACACAGUUCAUUCAUUCUGAAGUCACAGCCGCCACGGCUUUGGAGUGCGUAAAGGAGCAUUGCGCUUUUACGCAAAAAAACUUGAAACUCCAACUUUAAAACCACCACAGGGAUCCAGAGCUGCUCGUUUUUGUCACAAAUACUAAGUUUAAAGAAACUUCCAGCAGCUUUUUCAGAGGCGUCCAGAGCUCCAGAGAGACCGCAGGGCUCUCCAUCACCAUGCUGUUCGACACUUUCGACCUCGUCUCGGCUCUGGCCACACUGGCCGCUUGCCUGGUGUCCAUGGCCCUGCUCCUCGCCGUCUCCCAGCAGCUGUGGCAGCUCCGGUGGACGGCCACGCGGGAUAAAAACUGCAAGCUGCCCAUGCCCAAAGGAUCCAUGGGCUUCCCCUUCAUCGGCGAGACCUGCCACUGGCUCCUGCAGGGUUCGGGCUUCCACGCGUCACGGAGGCAGAAGUACGGCAACGUGUUCAAGACCCACCUUCUGGGCCGCCCUCUGAUCCGAGUGACGGGCGCCGAAAACGUGCGCAAGGUGCUGAUGGGCGAGCACACGCUGGUGACGGUAGACUGGCCUCAGAGCACUUCAACGCUGCUGGGACCCAACUCACUGGCCAACAGCAUCGGAGACAUCCACCGCAAGAGGAGGAAGGUGUUUGCCAAAGUGUUCAGCCAUGAGGCCUUGGAAUCCUACCUCCCGAAAAUCCAGCAGGUCAUCCAGGAGAGCCUCAGAGUAUGGAGCUCCAACCCUGAGCCCAUCAACGUCUACAGGGAGAGCCAGAGGUUGUCGUUUACCAUGGCGGUGAGGGUGCUGCUGGGAUUCAGGGUGUCAGAGGAGGAGAUGAGGCAUCUGUUCGCAACCUUCCAGGACUUUGUUGACAACCUGUUCAGCCUGCCUAUAGACCUGCCGUUUAGCGGCUACAGGAAGGGUAUCCGUGCAAGAGACACCCUGCAGAAAAGUAUAGAGAAGGCCAUCAGAGAGAAGCCGCUGUGCUCCCAGGGGAAGGAUUACAGCGACGCGCUGGACGUCCUGAUGGAGAGCGCCAAAGAGAACGGCACCGAGCUCACCAUGCAGGAACUCAAGGAGUCGACCAUCGAGCUGAUCUUUGCUGCCUUCGCCACCACAGCCAGCGCCAGCACCUCACUCAUCAUGCAGCUCCUCCGCCACCCUCCCGUCCUGGAGCGCCUGAGGGAGGAGCUCAGAGCCAGGGGUCUCCUCCACAAUGGCUGCCUCUGCCCCGAAGGAGAACUGAGGCUGGACACCAUCGUGAGCCUCAAGUACCUGGAUUGUGUCAUCAAGGAGGUGCUGAGACUCUUUACACCUGUCUCAGGGGCCUACCGAACCGCCAUGCAGACAUUCGAACUUGAUGGUGUCCAGAUUCCAAAGGGCUGGAGUGUGAUGUACAGCAUCCGAGACACCCAUGACACCGCAGCUGUGUUCAAGGAUGUGGACGCCUUCGACCCUGACCGCUUCAGCCAGGAGCGGGGAGAAGACAAAGAAGGACGCUUCCACUACCUUCCCUUCGGCGGCGGUGUCCGGUCCUGCCUGGGCAAGCAGCUCGCCACUCUGUUCCUUCGCAUCCUGGCUAUUGAGCUUGCCUGCACCAGCCGUUUCGAGCUGGCCACCCGGCAGUUCCCCCGCGUGGUCACGGUACCCGUGGUUCACCCUGUCGAUGGGCUGAAGGUCAAGUUCUACGGCUUGGACUCCAACCAGAACGAGAUCAUGGCCAAGACGGAAGAGCUGCUGGGAGCGACUGUUUGAAGGCCACAGGGUUGACGAGUAGGUGGGGGCGGGGGGGUGAGUGAUUGAAGAAGUCUUUAGGGAGAAGAUUGAAGGAAGGAAAGAAAGAAUUUCAGAGUUAUUUUUUCUUCUCCACCUUUGCUCUGCCAAGUUGGAGGUUCCUUUUCAGACUAAAAGAAAAGCAGAAGUCUUCGUCUCUUGUUACAUCUGAUGAUGAUCGGGACUUUCCUCUGAGAAAGGAAGAAGCUGCCAAAAAAAGUUCUUAAUUAUGCUCUAUUCUGUGUAUUUUUUUAAAGAAAUAUACAAACAAAAUGUAUGUACAAAAAAGCUAUGUAAUAUAAUUUGAAAGAGAAUGUGGGUAGUGCACAAUGGGAGAAAGCAAAGUAUGGUGGUACUUAGGUGAAAUGAAGUGUUGAUAUUAGAAAAGUAAAGAUGGUUGUGUAAGGAAGGUGAGAUGGAUGAAACAGGGUAUAGGAUGAAAGAAUAUGAUAUUUUAGCAUUUUGCUUGUGCUUAAUCAAAUGCAGUGAACCAUUUCAGUUGUCUAGCAGGGUAAAAGACAUGGAUAUAUAGAGUGACAGUCCUAGAUUUUCUGGUCAAAUUUGGUAAAUCUUGAACGAGAAUUCUUCACGGCGCCACUCGGAUUCAAUUUAUGUUUUCUACUUAUUUGAAAGAAGAUUUGAAAGAAUGGCAUACAUCAGUGGUGGCGUUGUGUUUACCAUCAACGGUCCAUCGAGAUUCAUUUGUUUGCUAGC